AUGUCAACUUUAUCUUCUAUGUGGAAACAACUCCCUGAUGAAGAUAAAGAACGUUACCAAGAACUCGCAAAACAAAAUAAAGCAAAAGAUAUAAAAACAAAUGAUCAACCAGCUCAAGAUCAACCUUCUUCAAUUCCAACAGAUACUCAACAGUCUUCUCUCCAGCAAUAA